AUGACUCCUCUCCAACAGGAAAGGUGGCGCUUGGGUUCGGACACCGAGCGAGGCACGUGGUUGGCACAGUGCCGGCAGGCCCAGGCAGCGGAGAAAGCCGUUGCCCAGGCCGAGGCUCUCCGGGAGCGCGUGGCCAAGCGAGCGCAGCCGCAGGAAUCAGAGCCUUUCUGGAUGUUUGAGCUUCCAGAGGUUCGCCACGUUCUCGAGAACGGCGCGAUUCUUCCCCCGACGUUCUCACCGGCCGAGUCUACCUACGUACGGCUCCUGCAGCUACCUUCCGACGGGGAUGUGGCGAGGGCUGCCGAGGAACAGGGGCUUGAGCAGGAGACGAUGGAAGCCAUGCAGGAUGCCCUGGAGUCCCUCAAGGGCGAAAGCUUCGAAGCGAAGAUGACCAAGAUCCUCAUUUCGGAGAAAAUUGCUUUAGCGCUGGUGGCACUGCCGCCUGUUGUUCCGACCGCUUGCAAGGUUCCGCACGUUGUCUUUGGAAUGCAUCCGAGAGCCGCUCCGCGGCAUUGGAAUGAACUGGCUGCCAGUAGCAAGCCGCGUCUCUGA